AUGUGUGCUCAGUGCUAUACCAUUGAGAAAGGAGGCAAGCACAAAACUGGGCCGAAUCUCCAUGGUCUGUUUGGGCCGAAGAAGGGUCAGGCUCCUGGUUUCUCUUAUACUGAUGUUAACAAGAACAAAGGCAUCACCUGGGGAGAGGACACGCUGAUGGUGUAUUUGGAGAAACCCAAAAAGUACAUCCCUGGAACAAAAAUGAUCUUCGCUGACAUUAAGAAGACUGAGAGGGCAGAGUUGAUAGCUAUUAAUUAA